AUGAUCUGCACGCGCUGCCUGCGACGGGCGGCCUCCCGCAUUCCUCAAUCUUCCAUCCCCCGCCUCUUCUCGACUUCCCGACCAUUUCUCGAGUCCACGUCCCCAGCAGCAGCGACAUCCACCGGCCUCGCGCAACCCUUCACAAAUCCUCUCACACCCUCGCCCUCCUCCACCCCCCUACCAACAAAACCAAAGAGUAGUCUACAAUUCCCGAUAUCUAAUUGCAAAGCAGGCACGAGAUUGAAGGGAUUGAAUUAUUUGAAGGGGAGAAAUGAUCCAGUCGCACUUGAAGAUGAGGAGUAUCCUGAGUGGUUAUGGCGGUGUCUGGAUGUGAAGAAGAAGGGAAGCGAUGAGGAGGGUGCUGUGGGGGAUUUGUUUUCCAAGUCCAAGAAGCUCCGCCGAAAAGCAGCAAAGCAACAGAGGAAGCUAGAGGCGCAAAUGUUAGCAUCGGGUGAUAUGUCGGCGUUGCAACCGAAGAUCCCAUUGACGCAGCAGAGUAUUGACCUUCCGGGGAAUGAAGAGGGGACAAUUGAGGGUGCGUUGGAAGCGGAUAGUAGAAGGCAAGAAUUGAGGGCUGCACUGAGGGAGGAGAGAAGGAAGUCGAUUAAAGAGGCAAAUUAUCUGAAGAGCAUGUAA